AUAUGUGUCUGUAUGUUCAAAUAAAUGUGGAUAUACAUAUAUAAUGUAAGGGGUGUAAGAGGCUGGAAACGUCGGUUUGCCUUUAAGUGUGACGAACCGUGUGGGAAACAUGUUGUGAGUCUAACCGUGGCUUAUAAACAUAGACGACUUCAUACCACACUUCAUUUUAUCAAAUAACGUCUUCCCGUGCAUACACAGGACUAUUACUCUGGGCAUCGCUGGAGAUAACAUUUGUCGCACCGGAAAGGUUUUGGGAAUUUUUUCAUACAUCUUUUGAUUUUAAUUCUCUGAUUAUUUCGACAGAAAGAAAAUGGUUGGGAGUUAUAACAGAAGAAUAGAAGCACCUGACUAUUUUGAAACUAUGCAUGCUCCGUCAUUUUGGUUUAUUUCGUGAAGUUUUUGAAUACGACGUCUGAUAUAAGUAUACACGAUUGUGUAUGUAUGUAAUACAUGUGUGGUAGUAUAUAUAUGUAUAUACAGAUAUCUACCUACAAAAUAUAUAUGUGAUAAUCUUUUUAAAUAUACAGAAUGUGAGGCGAGGAAAUUGUCCUCUUUUUUCUCAGGUAGUUAGAGUUUGAAAACUUUUGAAAAGAAUUUGGAUGUUUUAUUAUGUGAAUGGCGUAAAAAGCCCGUGUGUUACGCGAGUGGAUCUAUACGUUACAAAAGAGUGUUUGUUUUCUCACGGAGUAUAUUAAGCAUUAUGAGGAGAUUGAGAACGUCUUGGCUGUUACAACUUGUGAUAACUUUACUAUGCUUUCAGAGAUGCACAACAAUUCGAUGGUUGGCAUUAUAUAAAUCCAAACAUAAAGAGUGGGAAAGUCAAAAACAUUGUGUAAAAGCAUCUGGUCUUCUGCCCAGACAAAGACGUUUAUGUAAAGACCACUUAGAAAUAAUGCCUACGAUUGUAGGUGCUUCUUUAUUGUCAAUAGAAACAUGUCAAAGUCAAUUCUCAGACAGAAGAUGGAACUGUUCCUCCAUUUCUCAAGUUCCAACUAUUCCACGAGAUUUGUCACGAGGUACUCGUGAACAAGCUUAUGUUUAUGGUAUAGCAUCAGCAGCAUUAUCUCAUUCUGUAGCUAGAGCAUGCAGUAUUGGUGUAACAACUAAAUGUAGCUGCGGAGCUUUACCCAACACAGCACCCAAUGGAGCUUUUAAAUGGGGUGGUUGUGGGGACGACGUUCACUUCGGUUUAGGGUGGGGAAAAGCUUUUACAGAUGCUUCUUUAAAAUCAAAAAAAGGGAAAUCCAAAUCUUCAAAGAAAGCCAUGAUGAACAGACAUAAUUUUGCAGCGGGUAGAAAAGUAGUAGAAUUUAGUCUAACAACAGCUUGCAAGUGUCACGGUGUCUCUGGAUCGUGUUCAAUAAAAACGUGUUGGAAAGCACUGCCAGAUUUUGAUUCUAUCGGAGCAACGUUAAAAAACAGAUACGCUUUAGCAGUGGAGGUGAAAAGAAAACGAAAGAAAAAACAAAAAGUUCUAGUUCCUAUUAUGGCAAAUAAAAAAUCAAUUCGAUCAGAUGAACUUAUAUAUUAUACUAAGUCGCCAGAUUAUUGUAAUCCGGAUCCUAAAAGUGGUUCCAUAGGAACACAGAAUAGAUUAUGCGAUAACACUAGUCCAGGUUCAGGCGGGUGUGACGUCAUGUGUUGUGGGCGUGGCUAUGACAAUUUUAAGAUGGAGGUUAUGGAGCGUUGCGAGUGUAAAUAUUAUUGGUGUUGUUAUGUGAAGUGUAAAACCUGUGUAAAAACGCUCAACCUCAGCAAAUGCAGAUAAAAUUAAAAAUAAAUAUAAAUGAGAGGACUAACAAAAAUAGUGACGUCACUGUGUGACGUAACAUCAACGCGCACUUAAAAGUUUUGAAAUUGUGCCAGAGACUAUAUAUUAUGGUAACCCCUAAUGCUGUAAUUUAUUUGAUACUGCCUAUAGUUCGGUGUUGUUCAUGUCGGGUGUAUAAUGGACUUAUAUUAUUUGAUAAUCGAGACUAUGAGGUUGGGUAAGUCAAAGAGUUCUUUGAGUGAAAAGACUUUUUGUGAAUUUGAAACUGGAGUGACACUCAGACUGAUAAAGAGCUAAUGAACCUCAGAAACUUUUGUUAUUAUUUCUUUAUAUAUAUUGAAGUAUAAUUAUUUGAUUAAUCUAUGAUUACGACGUUGUCUUGUGUACAUUAUUGUAGUAAUAUUUAAUAAUACAAUUUAUCAUGUACGUUUGUCUGGUUUGUGACAACUCCAAACGUAUUGUUUACUUGUCAAAUGAGUGUUUAAAGGAGCUCGAGCGCGGCUGAAAAACACUGCAUGUUGUGUGAAAUAAUAUGAUUUUACCUCAUGUUGUAGUUAUACAGUGAAAUAAGAGGUGUCGGUGUUUUAGCUCGAUCAUUAAGAGAUGGAAUUUUCAUACAAUUGGCACAACGGGUUGCAGACAUACAAUAAAUAAUGUUUUGCAGUUAAUCUUCUCGCGGACCUUUAAGGCUAUAUAUUAUUGAUACAGGCUUUUCCCAGACUAGAUUUUGUUUUGUCGCACCCACUCCCAUUUUAUCAGGUCGUAUAGCCCUGUUUGGCGAGGUAUUGUCAGGACAAGACAUUUUUUACUCAAAUUUGUAACCUUUCUAAAACUGACUAAGAAUUAUUUUUGAUUUGGGUCAAAAAUGCAUUUGGCGAUUUCAUUGGAUAUUAUAUGUUUAUUUGUUUGGUGGGAUGGCAGGUAAAGCCAUUUUUGAGGCAGGGUAAGCUCAAAACUGAAGUAAUAUUGGCAACCAAACAUACUUACUCUCAAUCAAGCAUAUCAAAUCAACCCAAUUCAAUGCCCAGUUUUGACCUAAUUGAAAGAGGUUUAACUCCUUUAAAGUAUAGAAAGUGUUCGGGGCUUCAUGAUAAGUUAUAUCUGAACGCAUGUACAUGUUCCCUGCUUUUAGUAAUCUUUUUGUAAUAAUCUAUCUGGGUUACGAAUAAAUAAAGUUUUUUGUCCGCAGGGCAGGGUCAUGUCUCUGUCAGUUUAGCAAACAAAAUUAUCAAGCAAUCAAAAAGAAAUUUCGAUUUUUUUUUCAAUUUAUGUGUCAGGAAUUGGUGAUGAAAAUAAGCCUUACAUUAUAUUUGGUUUGAACAAAUAUGGCCAGCAUGUUCUCAUUGAUAGACUGGAUAUCAUGGCAUUGAUAAGUCAUCCAGUGGGGAAUCGGCCAUUUUGUUAACAAAACCAUAGGGUAUACGUUGAUAAAAGUGAGUUCAAGAAUACAAAUCAAAUACCAAAUUGGCCUUGUAUGAAAUCUUCAGCUCCAAGUGUUCAGGAAUUUUAUUGUUCAAAUGUAUGAUAUUCGCCUCGAUCACGUAGAAAUUGGAAGUUGGUAUGUCUUGGAAAAAAGACCACAGAAUUUCAAAUAGUUGACAGGACUAGGAUAAAAGUUCCUAGUUUGUCACACAAAAUUAAGUAGUUGUAUUCACUAAAAUAUAUUUGGGAUUCCUCCUUUGAGCAUAUACGUCAUUUAGUAUCUAUUGUAGAAUUACGUGUCUAUACACAAUGUUUGAUUACGACUUGUAAAUAUAAUACAGUUCAUUAUUUUACCCUCUGGUGCCGUAAGACUUGAAAGUCUUAUUUGUAGACCUCAUGCUUUCGCCACAAAUAGCACUGUCGUGUCCCUAAAUAAAUGUAUUUAAUUUAAACUGGAUGACAGAGUUCCAGUCGCACAUUUUCAAGGACAAUGUACUUUUAGACCUGCUUACUGAACUAGUCAUGUGUAGGUAUUAGUGCUAGUAUUUCACCAAGGGCCUGAAUAGUACUAGAUUGUUCUGUAUAUUGUAACCCAUAUCAGUGAGGCUAUUAAGAUUGUUUUUCAAAUUUAAAGCUAAUUUAAAAAAAACCCAUUGAAUCACAACCUUUCUCGCGGUUCAGGUAAGCAUUAGCUUCAAUUGGUAAGGUUGGGAUAAUUGGUGUAGGUCUACAAUACUGAAUAGACCCGAACAUAUCGUUCUUUUUGUGAUAGUUAUCAAAUUGAUAAAAUGGUUUUCAGUGUCGAUCAUCUAGUUAUACGACAAUUAUAUCGCCACCUUUACCAACCUUAAUAAUGGAUCGAAGGAAAGGCCAAGAUCUGAUAUAAUUAUUGAAUUAAUGUGUUUAUCCCAUACAUAUUUACACACUCUUCCCCUUUCACCUAAAGAGUAACAUUUAUUGAAAUAUAAUUAUUGACAUAUAUUAUAAAUGUAAUUUAUUGACAAACUUGCCAUUGUAUUUUGUAUAAAUACCUAGUUUAGCAAUCAGAGGCCUUUAAAGAUAUAUUCCUUUAGUGAUAAAUAUGUCAUCAGUUAAACCCCAUUACUUAUUUUUAUUAAUGACCUACAGUGUGGUAAACUUGUAAUUGAAGGAAUAACAUGAUAUACCUAUCUCGAAUCUCCACAUCAACCAAUCUCAUUAUCAAUUCAAGUGCGUUUUAAUUUGCCAUAUAGUACGACCAAGAUGAAGAUCGAUCCGUCAUUUAGUGGACUGUUGCAUAAUUACGAUGCUGGUUGCCAGAGGAAUAUAUCUUUAAUGGUUACUUAUAUUGUAUUUUGUGUUGACGAUAUAAAGUCUACAGUUUUGUGUCAUCUUCAUUAUAACAAGGAAACGACAAUGAGAAAAAAUAAGUAUUGUCAUUGCCUUGGUUAUAUGUAUGUCAAAUUAAAGAUGAAGCAAUACAAUGUUUGAAACUAAUCCAAUACGUGUAAAAUUUUGUCCUGUUAUAUAGUAAUAUAUAAUAAAGAUUAUAAUUCAUAAAAUCUUAA